GCUGUGCGUCGACUUACUAGUGGAAGUGGUUCUGGAUCCUCGACCACUUUUACAGGUGGCACGAAUCCUACUCGGGAAGUGGGUAAUGUGACACUUGGAGAUACAAGCGGUCGUGGAAUCCUGACCUCAGGCACUCCUGUUGGCUGCGAUGCACUCGGAAACACAUGUGAUGGUGCAUUCGGUUUAUCCAGCUUUUAUUGGUGCGAAUGUCUUUUUUUGCCGGAUUGGACUGCUGGGCUACAGAAUGCUCACUUACGCACAAGCGAAACCCAUUUAUAUGAAGAAGUUACCAUUCGUCGUCUUCUUCUCUCUACCGUUUGGCUUCUAUGCCACCUGCCUCGUGAUGUUUUGCGAACUUGGCUGCAGACAGCUGGCCCUACAAAAGCUACGCAUCUGGUGCACGUCCUCCUCUUUGCUGUAGAUUACUUUGAAUACGAACUUUUCAAAACCACUUAUCUGGAGAUUUCCACCGCUAAAAUCGUUUUGGGCAUUACUCAGCUUCUAGAUGCUACCCGUCUUCCGACCUCUUGUCUUUCUGUCCAUUAA